UUCGUAGUCGUAUCGCAAAGAAUGUCGAUAUGCAUCGGGUUCUGUAACUAUUCCAGUAAACAGUCAAACGUAAAUGCUGUGCACCUCUGCAUUUUGUAGCGUACUAACCGUGUAGUCAGGUACAAUAGAAAUUUCUUCUCGCUGCGAGUACGUGAAGGGGAUUAUACAUUGUAAAUUUGCUUAUUGGGGGUAGCAGCCUUUUCAAUUCCAAUACGGUCUCAUUAAGAUACGAUCAACGUGUACGAUUACGUCUCUUCGUUUCGAACGAAUAAACAUUUCUGCCGAUUCUGUUUGAAUGGAACAACGUUUCAAGAAAUGUAAAGUAAAUGCUGUUACAUUGACAGUAAUUCGGCAUCGGUACAACCGAAAACGUUUAUUGCACAUUGUUCGCUCCGAUAGAGUGCAUAACGAGUGCGCAGUACUUUAUAAAGUCGUCGGCUGGAGUUCGUGUUAAACGCUUCUCGAAAAACAUGAAUACGGAUGUAUAUGAGAGUUUGCCCACGUCUUCCGUGUACGUACAUAUGAUAGCAGGUGCAUUCGCCGGAAUUAUGGAACAUUGCGUGAUGUACCCGCUUGACAGUGUCAAGACAAGAAUGCAAUCAUUGACUCCAGGUCCCGGUGGUGGAGGGGGAGCACUAAAAGUCUUGAUUAGAAUGGUACAACAAGAAGGUAUUCGGAGACCUGUUCGUGGUAUGAGUGUAAUGGUUGUAGGAGCUGGCCCUGCACAUGCAUUAUAUUUUUCAUGUUACGAAUUCAUUAAAAAUAAAUUAUCAAGCUCAAGAGCACCUAAUGAAAUUAAUUUGACUAUUUAUGGAACUGCUGGUGCAUUGGCAACAGUUCUUCACGAUGGUGUGAUGAAUCCAGCCGAAGUGGUUAAACAGCGAUUACAAAUGUAUAAUUCUCCUUAUCGAAACAUAGCGACCUGUAUAAAGAGUAUAUAUAAAAGCGAAGGUGUAUUUGCAUUCUAUAGGAGUUACACGACUCAGCUAGUCAUGAACAUACCUUUUCAAGUGAUUCACUUUAUGACUUAUGAAGCUUCACAAGCCAUCACAAAUCCAGAACACACUUAUAAUCCCACGGCACACAUGUUAUCUGGUGGAUUUGCAGGAGCUGUUGCUGCUGCGAUCACAACACCUUUAGAUGUUUGUAAAACGCUACUAAAUACGCAGAAUGGUAUACACGCUCAAGGUAUGGUUGAUGCUUUUAAGAAAGUUUAUCUAUUCGGCGGGGUACGUGGUUACUUCCGUGGUAUACAGGCUCGUGUUAUUUACCAAACUCCAGCAACCAUUUUUUGUUGGUCAACAUACGAAUUUUUCAAAUACAUGCUACGUACGAAACAAGACGAUGUUAAUUGUGGACCAGAAGCUGACAAUGAUUCAAGUGGUACAAAUCAGAAUCAGACUGGUUCGUCUAGGUCUAGUCGCUUUCAAGAUGUGAGCGUAUACCUUAAUAAAAAUUCCUCGACCUCGGUGUUACUUGACAUGACUACAAGUUAGGUAUAUCUGAAUUGUUUAGUUCAUGCACUUUUGUAUGAAGAAUAAGUGUCUGUUUUUCGUAUUUCGAGAGUUUAUCGAUGAUGAGUGAUAUUUUGUUAAUUCAUCUGUUAUUGUGGUAUUAUUACAUGUGUACAAUAAUUCAUAAAGAAUUUGAAGUUAAAGUUAAAAAGAAUAUGAUAUUUUGUAAAACAAUCAAAUAUUUUAUUCAAUUUGAUACUAUAAAAUUUGUAAAUUUCAUUGAAUAUUCUACCGGGAUAAAAUAUCUAUUGAUGUUGUAUAUCACUCUAAAAGAAACAGAAAAAUUGAAUUUAACAAUUAGCAAUAUUUGAGAAAGAAAUAUUCGUUGGCACUUGUAUUGCUACCAGUUAUCCAACAAGUAGAAAUGGCUAGAUACUGCUACUGUCUAUUGUACCACUCACAUAAAGUAACAUGAAAAAUUCAUUACGCAAAAUUAAAUUGAAAUUCAUUGUUUUGUGACUAUAGCACAUAACGACAACACUACGAAAUUAUUUGUAAAUCAUAUUCAAUUUAUUUAUGAAGUAAUUAUGUAUUUUUGUUAUAAAAUAACUUAUAUAUUAGCUUAUUUGUAUGGACUUAUUUCUACAUUCACAAAUUAUUUAAUGUAUAAAAGUAUUGAAACGUAACAAUAAUUGUCCAUUAGAGUGAGUCGUAUUUAAUUUCGAAUCAAAGAAACACAGCAGAUUCCGGUUAAUUUGGAUGUAUACAUUUCAUGUAAAUACUUUUAGAAAGAUAUGAGAAACCUAAACUAACAUUUCACUAAAUAACGAACUGUGUAUUUAAACUAAUUACUGAACAAAUUGCAGUAAAAUAUUUAUUACGUAUUUUAAUAUCAACAUUAUUAAUGCCCUGUUCAAGGAUGCGUCUGUGUAUCCUUAAACUUGUCCUAUCUAAUCCUACUGAAACGAAUUAGAGGAAAGUAUGUGUAUAAAAUUAUUAGUUUUAAUUAAUCAUUGACGAAGGAAUUAUUUAGUGUGCGCUCCUGUGUACUUUUAAUUUACUAUGAGUGAACAAAAUCGACACAAAUAUUUAGUGGAGAUAAUAGACUACCUUCAUUGCUUUCCCGCAUGAAGUGUUGUAAUAUAAUACUUGAUUUUCUCGACGAGAGAAAAUGUUAAAGAUAUAUGCUUUUUAAGAUAUACGCUAAAUAAACGGCUGUCUUGAUUAAUCGAUCGCCCAAAUAACCAGAAUCUACUGUAUACGGUUUUUGUACAAAAAGUAAACUUGAGGAUAUUUCACUUUAGUACAGCAAAGUUAUAUCGAACGAGAGUUGCAAGUGAAAAAUUAAUACGAGCAUUGUUUAAAACAUUAGGUUUGAGAAACUUGCUCCAACUUGAAUAGUGAAUUAGUUCGCAUAUAUUCAACAAAUUUAGAAGAAAUGUAAGUUCAUUAAAAUGAUAUUGAUUUUUAAGCGAAGAUCUAGAUAAGGUUCACGUAAAAAGAAAUUUAAAUUAAUGAAAAGAAAAAAAUUGUCUACUACAGUAACGGUCUAAACCAACUACCGACGGUGUAAAGUAAUUAUUUUGUAAAGCAAUAUAGAUUAUUGAUUACAUUAUAAUUUAAAUUAUAUAAAUUAAAUUAGUUAAUGUUACAUGUGUAUGUACAGUAUAAAAGAACAGAUUAGAAAGGAAAUGACAAUUGCUAUUGUGCAAUAAAUACAAUUCAUCUUAAUUACCCAAGUGCAAAUUAAGAAUUGCUUCUUAGUCAGUUUGUAAUACGUAUAAACAACAUUGCAUCUAAACCUUAUGAUGUACCACAAUAUUGCUUCCUAUGGCUGUGAUUACUGAGUCAUUUGAUGUUGACUUUAAGAGGAAGUAAUAUCAUGUGAGAACUCAUAUUUCACGCCAUAUUUACAUAUUUAUUAUUACGGCACCGUAAUACUACUCAUCGUUGUUAAUACGUUAUUAAUUGUUACUACAAAAUACAUCAGUGACACUUUUGCAUGUAAAAAGUGUACUGCGAUGGACACUUUUUUAGAAAUAUUUUUUGAUAGACACGUCACGAUAAUAUAUAUACUAUUUUCUAGGAAAAAACCAUUAAAAUUAUUUGUAUUGCGAAAAUUCGAUCGUUCAUCAAAUUUAACAAUUAGAUUCAUGUUAGUACGAUAUAUCUGUACGUACGAAGUAUGCGUAUACGUAUUCAUUCACGUGUACCAUAUCAAUGGCACUACGUGUUUAAGUAAUUAUAUCAGAUGUUUAAUGAACGUAAAUCUUGCGUUUACAGUAAUUUUAUUAAAUUUUAUUGCGCAAAAUUUGCAUGUAUACUUUUUUUAAAGUGUUUAAAUAAAUACUCUCCGUGCUUGUAGUAAAAAGUACUACCAGCAGUCCAUUUUUCUAUUAUCAUUAGAAUCUAAAUCUAAUUUCGAAUGCUUCGAGGUCACAAUAAAUAGUCAAUUUCCAUGGAUUAUUUAUCUGAAAAUUAUUAAACGCGCUAUUCAUGCAACAUCUAAAAUAAACUCUGAUGGUAGAGGAGUAUCGUCUGCUUCUUAAAUUAACUAAUUUCCUUUUAAUUAUUUUGUACAUAAAAUAAUGCUACCACUGGUAUUAUUAUGUAAGUUUAUAAUGAUAGCACAUGCAAAAAUAAUUGAGCAUCAUAUAAUAAGACGUAUUAUAUGUAAUAAUAAUGUAAAUAAAAUGAUUCUUCAAAAUAUGAUAACCAUAUAACAAUACCUUCUCUUGUCUGUUACACUAACGGAAAAAUUUACUAACGAAUAACAUGAAAUAAACAUUAAAGCGUCGCGUUACUUCGUAAUCUCACUUCAGAGUAAUGUAUAAUUAAUUAAUGCUAAUGUACUAAUAUCUUCUUAAAUGUAAAUUU